AUGGAGAGCAUUCUUUCUGGCUACAUCGCCAUGUGGUUUGGGUGGAGGGGUACUGCACAGAAUCGAAAGAAGCUGCAGAAAGCCGGUGAACUAAAUAAAAUGACACUUCAGAGAACGCAAGAGAUCUGCAUUGGUGUUUUUCUUUACUUUUUUCUAAUUGCAGCAAAAACAAACCCAAAAGUCUUCCAGACACCACCAGAAAUCAAAGUAUUGAAAGGAGACACAGCACAAAUAAAUUGUUCGUACAGCGGUGGAGAUGAAGAGCAGAUGAGAAUUAAGUGGAUGAGGAACUCCAGUGAACAGCUAUUGUGUCAGCAAAUGAAAAAUAAACAUAAUUCUGCUUCUAUUCCAACGUGUACAAGUCGAUUUCAAGUUACACUGGAUACCUCAGCAAACUCUACAUCUUUACUGAUCGAUAAUGUUAAUCUAAAUGACAUUGACAUUUAUUUUUGUGAAUUUUCUAUUGAAAUACCUCCCCCUAUACUGACAGCAAAAGGAGAAGGCACGUGGCUGAAAGUGGAGGCACGCCCAACAGUUCAGUUAACAACCAAGGCUCCAUCUUCCCCUGACGCUAGCAUACAGCUCAUCUGCACAUCAGUGGAGUUCUACCCGGGCAACAUUCAAGUGUCCUGGUUUAGGGAUGGAGAGUUGAUCACCAACGGGACAGAGGAUGGGCAUCUCUAUUCUAAUAGUGACGGCUCGUUCUCCAUGGCAAGCUUCCUGAAUCUGUCUGUAUCUGACUGGAGUGAUGGUGGGAAUUAUUCCUGUCAGGUGAACCACUCAACACUCUCCACACCAAUCAUUGAACACAGUCGUGACAGCAGCCCAGAUCCUGUUAAACAUAAAAAGUAUUGGACAAUAUCGACAUUAUGCAGUCUGCUUGUGCUGAUAGUUGCAGUAAUUUGUUUUUACUCAAUUUCAAAAAAGAAGGUUCCAUUAUCAGUGAUAUCGGCCAGGCCUGAAAGUGAACAAACUGCGAAGCCACCAGUGAGACAGCAGCUUAACAAAGAUAACAGUGAUGAUGCUAUUUACUCACUGCUUGGCCAGCAUUACGUGUGUUAAAUAUGAACGGGCCACCUGUUUUACCAAAGGCUGUCUGUGUAAUCUUAUUCUUUGAAUAUGCAAAGUCUCCUGUGACAUUCUUUCAGAAAAUUUGGCAUUACUCUUGCUGCAUUUUGCCAGUUUAGUGUUGUUCUAGAAAUUCCUCCAGUUUAUAUUACCUCACUGAUUAUUAUAUGUCAAACAAUUGAUUUAAUGUUGCAAAAUUGAACGAACAGGCAGCUGGUGAGAAUCUUGCCAUUAUGCAAGAAAUUUUUGAUUGCAAACCGAUCGUCCUCUCUUUGUUAAAGUGGAAACCUUAUUGUUCUCAGGACACAGAGGUUCCAUUCACUCAGAUAUUAUCCUCUCAUUUGUUUUUUUAUUAUAAGACAUAGGAGCAGAAUCAGGCCAUUUGGCCCAUCAAGUCUGCUGUGCCAUUCCAUCAUGGCUGACAUAUAUUCCAUCUCAACCCUGAUUAAUCAAGAACCUAUCAAUUUCCAUCUUAAAUAUACCCGGUGCCCGGUGACUUGGCUGGAACAACUGUCUGUGCCAAUGAAUUUCAGAGAUUCAUCAGCCUCUGGCUAAAGAAAUUUUUUCCACAUCUGUGUUCUAAAUGGACGGCCCUCAAUUCUGAGGCUGUGCCCUCUGGUCCUAGAUUCCCCCACUAUAGGAAACAUCCUUUCCGCAUCCACUUUAUCCAGACCUUUCAAUAUUUAAUAGGUUGCAAUGAGAUCCCUUUCACCCUUAACCUCUGGUUGUAGUCCCACCUAACCUCAGUGGAAAUAUAUAUGGCAUCCAUUAGUCUCGUGAGACCGUGGAAGGUUUCCAGGUCGCAGGGAGUAUGAAAGACCAGCAAGUCUCCCCUUUUCACGCCACUGAUGUUGUCCAAGGGAAGGGCACUAGGGCCGAUACAGCUUGGCACCGGUGUCGUCACAGAGCAAUGUGUGGUUAAGUGCCUUGCUCAAGGACAUAACACACUGCCUCAGCCGAGGCUCAAACUAGCGACCUUCAGAACCCUAGACCAAUGCCUUAACCACUUGGCCACGCGCCAACACAGUGGAAAAAGCCUAUAUAUACCCCUCAUAAUUUUGUGUACCUCUAUCAAAUCUCCUCUCAGUCUCCUACAUUCUGAAGAAUAUACAGUUUGUAGAUCUAACCUAUUCAAUCUUUCUUUAUAACUCAGGUCCUCCAGUCCUGCUUGGCAACAUCCUUGUGAAUUUUCUCUAUAUUCUUUCAACCUUGUUUACAUCUUUCCUAUAGGUAGGUGACCAAAAUUGCACACAAUACUCCAAAUUAGGCCUCACCAGUGACUUACAUAACUUCAACAUAACGCCCCGUCUCCUAUAUUCAAUACAUUGAUUUAUGAAGGCCAAUGUGGCAAAAGAUUUCUUUAUGAUCCUAUCUAUCCAUGACACCACUUUCAAUGAAUUAUGAACCUGUAUUCCCAGAUCCCUUUGUUCUACCACACUCCUCAGUUUCCUACUGUUCACUGUGUAAGACCUACCCUGUUUGGUCCUACCGAAGUACAAAAGCUCGCACUUGUCUGUGUUAAAUUCCAUCUGCCUUUUUUCAUCCCAUUUUUCCAGCUGAUAUAGAUCCCUCUGCAAGCCAUGAUAGCCUUCCUCACUGUCCGCCACUCCCCUAAUCUUGGUGUCACCCGCAAAUUUUCUGAUCCAGUUAACCACAUUAUCAUUAAUAUAGAUGACAAACAACAAAGGAGCCAGCACCAGUCCCUGCAGCACACCACUAGUCACAGGCCUCCAGUCAGAGAGACAACCCUCUACUACCACUCUCUGGCUUCUCCCACAAAGCCAAUGUCUAAUCCAAUUUACUACCUCAUCAUGCAUGCCGAGUGACUGACCUUCUUGAUUAGCCUCCCUUCCGGGAUCUUGUCAAAUGCCUUGCUGAAGUCCAUGUGGACAACAUCCACUGCCUUGCCUUCAUCCACUUUCCUGGUAACUUCCUCAAAAAACUCCACUGGAUUGGUUAGACAUGACCUACCAGGCACAAAGCCAUGCUGACUAUCCUUAAUCAGUCCAUGUUUAUCCAAAUAUUUACCUAUCUGGUCCCUUAGAAUACCUUGCAAUAACUUUCCCACAACUGGUGUCAGACUCACCAGCUUAUAUUCCCUGGUCUAUGUUUAGAAACGUUUUUAGACAGUGAAAAACACUGGCUAUCCUGCAAUCUUCUGGUACCUCUCCUAGGGUCCUGGUAAUCUCUGCACGCCUCCUAUAGUGUCCGAGGGAGCACCUUGUCAAGCCCUGGGGAUUAAUCCACCCUGAUUUGCCUCAGAGUAGCAAACAUCUCCUUCUCUGUAAUCUGUACAGGGUCCAUGAAGCUGAUGCCACUUUGCCUCACUUCUAUAGACUCUGUAUCCAUCUCUAUUGUGUUGCUAGACCAUGUAUUGAACCUCCUUAUUCAUCAGUACUUUGGAUUCCCCAGUUGGUCUGCAGUGCUUCAAAACUACUCACCUCCUUCCAGUGGGAGCCAUGAAUGAGAAAUAUGAUGCUGGUCUUGUCAGUGACAACUACAGUUUGAAUAUCAGAUUAAAAAGAGGGCAAGAAUACUAGCCAACCCAAAUCCAAAUAUCACAUGAGGAAAUGGAAGAGAAAUCUCAGAGGUGAUACGGAAGAAAACUAAAAGGCCACCUUUACUUCUAGAACUGAUUUUACUGCUAAUAGUCUUCCUAAGUCUCACUGAGGCAGGCAAGAUAUGCAAAAAAUGUAGUUAGGCAGGCAAGAAAUGCAAAAAAAAUGCAGUGAGGCAGGCAAGAAAGACCAGAAUGACAAAAAAAUGUAUAAAAUAAAUGCUGGGUAUAUUGCAGAUAUUGUAGAUUCAAUCACAAGGUUGAUUUGCCUGAAGUAAAUGGAUAUAAAAAUCGGAAGUUCACUGGCACCAGUUUUCUUUCAUUGUCCUUAAUUGCAGUGGUAAAAGUUCACUCAACGAAAGCAAGCUGUCUUAUGAGAGAGAUGAAAAAAUAAAUGCAACAAAAUUAUUGAGAGUAAACUUUGAGACCAUUAAAAUAUGCUUUUUGGUCAUUUGCUUUACCACAUAUUUUAUGGUUCAGAAAUGAAAUAAGACAUUGGUCAAUUUCUGGUGCAUUUGAAUUGCAAUAGCAAGAUCGGUCUGUGUCAAAGGUGUUUCAUAAGUAAACAACAUACCAAACCUGAAUACAUGCAAUACCUCCGUGGUUUGAUUUUUCUUUGUUGUAAAACUUUACAGCAGUCAUAAAUAUGUGUGGAAUAACCUUGAAACCAAUGGCAAUCAGACUGCAGUUUAUUCUGACAUAGAUUACACAUGUAGACUUUGCAUCUCUUAAACAAUCAGCUUGUUAGUCACUUAUUUGUACUUGCAGUCACCGCUGAUACUCUGCGAAUGAAUGAAGAGAGAGGGAGAGACAGAGGGAGAGAAUGAACAAGAGAGUUGUCUUCUGGUUUAAUGGCAACCCCACUAGUCUUUUGGAGCAUAGUACUAGUAACCCUUGCUAGGUGUCGCCACUCCCUGUUCCGGGGUGUGGCUUCAGGCAGUGGCUUCACCUUUGCGACAAAACCAGUUACCCCAGACUACGGCUUCUGUGGAGAGGCUGCAGAUAAAAUCCAGCCCUCCCAAGAAAUAACCACCAUGGAUUUUCACUGUACCUUCAGAAUCGGAAUCAGAAUCAUGUUGAAUAUCACUGGCCAAAUGUCAGGAAAUUUGCUGUUUCACAGCAGUAGUACAUUGCAAUACAUAGUGAUACUACAAAUUACAGUAAGUAUGAGUGUGCAUAUAUAUAUAUAUAUAUAAUGUA